GCUUAUGAGACUGAAUUAUUGUCGACACUUAACCCAAUCCCUAUAGAGCUGUACUAAUAUUCGGAACGUCUGGGAUACGGUUAAACGUCACUAGCAUUGGUUAAGCGUCCCGGAGGCACGAGCGGCAUCUACCAUGGACCGCUAUCCACCGGGCAGGGGCGUGCCGCCACCGGCAGGCAAGUACUCCGCCGCGCGGUCUCACGUCAUGAACGACAAGUACAUGGAGGAUUUCGAAAAGGCCUGGGAGGAGAUGCGAGCCAUGGGCCUCGGAGGCGGAGGCGGCGGUCCUGGAGGUCCCGGAGGCCGAGGCGGCCCCGCGUCAUCCGCUAACGCCGCAGCUGCUCGCGUGGGCAGUUCCUUCGCGGCCCAGCAGCGGGGCAUUUACGCGGCGUUGGAGGAGCCCUCGCCGCGUUGCGCCUCGCCCUCAUUGCCGUCGCUGCCUGGGGGAGGAAGUGGCUACGGUCGCCCCCCAGCCGGCUCCUCCUACUCCUCCCCCUCCGCCUCCUCCUCCCCCUACUCCAACCGCUCAGCAACUACCACCGGCGGCCGCAUUCCCACCGGCAGCGGCAGCGGCGGCACCCCGCCCUCCUCCCUGCGCCGACCCAGCUCCGGUACCAUCCAC